AUGGUCAUUCUGCGCUCAAAGGUCACAAGACUCUAUCGGCUGUUUUCGAGUGGAACCAAAAAAAUCGAGUAUUCAAAAUUAAAAGUUGCAGUGCCCAAAGAGAUUUUUCCGGGUAAAAAAGCAAUUUCUUGUGUACUAAUGAAAACGAAAAAAAAGUUUCCAGGAGAAAAGCGUGUUUCUUUGAGUCCAACUGGCGUGGCCCUUCUUCAGAAAAAUGGGAUUUCUGUUUUGGUUGAAGAGGAUGCAGGGACAUGGGCUGGGUACUCGAAUGCAGACUAUGCUAAAAAUGGAGCAACUGUGACAAGUGUGGAUGAUGUUUUCAAUGCAGAUGUUCUAUUGAAAAUUCGUCCACCAACUGAGUUAGAAGUUUCGAAACUGAAAUCUGGAAGCACCCUUAUCUCUUUCAUCCAUCCUGGACAAAACAAAAAACUUCUCGAUGCACUCACGAAAACCGACAAAACCGUUUUCGCGAUGGACUGUGUUCCAAGAAUCAGUCGUGCCCAAGUUUUUGACGCCUUGUCCUCCAUGGCCAACAUUGCCGGAUAUCGUGCAGUAAUUGAAGCAGCCAACCAUUUUGGAAGAUUUUUCACCGGCCAAAUUACGGCUGCUGGAAAAGUGCCACCGGCAAAAGUGUUGGUUAUCGGUGGAGGUGUUGCUGGAUUAAGUGCGAUUGGAACUGCGAGAGGAAUGGGGGCAGUGGUCCGAGGUUUCGAUACAAGAGCUGCUGUUAAAGAGCAUGUCGAGUCUCUUGGGGCUCAAUUCUUGACAGUGAAUAUCAAAGAAGAUGGAGAAGGAGGUGGUGGUUAUGCAAAAGAAAUGAGCAAGGAAUUCAUCGAAGCAGAAAUGAAACUUUUCGCUGAGCAAUGCAAAGAUGUGGAUAUUAUCAUUACGACUGCUUUGAUUCCAGGGAAACGGGCACCGGUUUUGAUUACAGAGGAAAUGAUAAAAUCCAUGAAGCCUGGAAGCGUGGUGAGACAACUCGUCCUGGAGAAGUUUACACUAAAUACGGAGUCACGCAUAUUGGAUUCACAGAUUUACCAUCAAGGUUCGAGAAAGUUCGAAGAAGUUGUUGGAAUUCUUAUUUUCAGACUUCCGACUCAAAGCAGUGAGCUGUAUUCAAACAACAUCGCAAAGUUUUUGUUACAUCUUGGAAAAGACAAAACAUUCUUUGUGAAUCAGGAGGAUGAGGUUGCUCGCGGAGCACUAGUUGUGCAUGAAGGUCGACUGAAAUGGCCACCACCACCUAUCAAUUUCCCACCACCAGCAGCUCCAAAAUCCGAAAAAACAGCUGAAACUACUGCAGAUCCACUAACUCCAUUCAAAAACACUGUAAAUCAAACUUUGAUGCUGACUUCAGGUCUGGGUUCCGUAUCCCUGCUCGGCAUUGCUGGAACCAACCCAAAUAUCGCAAGCAUGUCGACAACGUUUGCAUUAUCUGGACUUGUCGGUAAACCAUUGUCUUCCGAAGAUCCUGUCAUCAAUUUUGAACUUACAGGCUAUCACACUGUAUGGGGAGUAACUCCAGCGCUUCACUCCCCACUAAUGAGUGUAACAAAUGCAAUAUCUGGAACUACUGCGGCUGGAGCGUUAUGCUUGAUGGGUGGUGGUCUGAUGCCACAGAACAGCGCGCAAACUAUGGCCCUAUUGGCGACGUUUAUUUCGUCUGUCAACAUUGGAGGUGGAUUUCUGGUGACAAAAAGGAUGUUGGAUAUGUUUAAGCGAAAAGAUGACCCACCAGAGCACAACUACCUUUAUUCUAUCCCUGCCGCUGUGUUCCUUGGUGGAUAUGGAUAUGGACUAUACGCCGCUGCACCACUCAUCACCUCCUACGCAUAUCUUGGCUCCUCGUUAUGUUGUGUUGGUGCUCUAGCUGGAUUAUCUUCCCAGAAAACGGCCCGAGUAGGAAACGCUCUUGGUAUUAUUGGAGUCACUGGAGGAAUUGGAGCAACAUUAGGCCUUCUCCAACCAGAUAUUGAUACGCUGUACCAAAUGGGAGCUGCAAUGGGAUUAGGAUCGUUGUUAGGAGUAGGAAUUGCCAAUCGUAUCAAGGUCACCGAUCUACCUCAACUGGUUGCUGCCUUCCAUUCCUUUGUCGGACUAGCUGCAACUCUGACGUGUCUUGCCAAUUACAUUCAAGAGUAUCCACAUUUUCUGGAAGAUCCAGCAAGUGCCGCAGCAGCCAAACUUGCAUUGUUCCUUGGUGCAUACAUCGGAGGAGUAACGUUUACUGGAAGUUUGAUGGCUUAUGGAAAACUGCAAGGAAUCCUUGCAUCGGCUCCUACCUACCUCCCAGCUCGUCAUCUUCUGAAUGGAGCAUUGCUGGCAGGAAAUGUGGGGGCUCUGGGAACCUAUAUGUACUCAACAGAUUUUGGCACUGGUAUGGGCAUGCUUGGCACAACAGUUGGACUUUCCAGUCUGAUGGGUGUUACACUGACUAUGGCUAUUGGAGGAGCCGAUAUGCCGAUUGUCAUUACUGUUUUGAACUCCUACAGUGGUUGGGCAUUGUGUGCUGAAGGUUUCAUGUUGGAUAAUAACUUGCUCACAGUAUUAGGCGCCCUUAUUGGUAGUUCCGGAGCUAUUUUGUCGCAUAUUAUGUGCAAGGCCAUGAAUCGAUCUUUACUAAAUGUCAUUCUCGGGGGUGUUGGAACAAAAUCGAAGGGUACUGGAGAAGCGAAAGCUAUAGAAGGAACUGCCAAGGAGAUUGCCUGCAAUGAAGUAAGAUGCUAUAGAAAAUACUCCCUCAAAAUUAUAAAUUUUCAGACAGCAGAUCUUCUUCUAAACGCUCGUUCAGUAAUUAUCAUUCCUGGAUAUGGGUUGUGUGCAGCCCAGGCACAGUAUCCUAUCGCACAACUUGUGAAGGAACUUCAACAAAGAGGUGUCAAAGUCCGAUUCGCUAUCCAUCCAGUCGCAGGUCGAAUGCCCGGCCAACUCAAUGUCCUUCUUGCGGAAGCCGGCGUACCCUAUGAUAUUGUUGAAGAGAUGGAAGAGAUAAAUGAUGAUUUCAAAGAAACUGACGUAGCCCUUGUGAUCGGUUCAAAUGAUACCAUCAAUUCCGCGGCAGAAGAUGAUCCGAAUAGCUCGAUCGCCGGAAUGCCUGUAUUGAGAGUGUGGAAUUCUAAACAGGUUAUCAUUGUCAAGAGAACCUUGGGAACCGGUUACGCUGCAGUUGAUAACCCGGUAUUCUUCAACGAAAACACACAAAUGUUGCUGGGAGACGCGAAGAAGAUGAGCGAGAAACUUCUCGAAGAGGUCAAAGCGAAACCAAUAUAG